GAGCUCUUUUGUAAAUGACUUCGUUCCGCCGAUAUGUCUUCAAAUCUUCUCGGUUUGCGAAGCUGCGUCCACCAAUCUGGCACGCAUCACCGCAUUCCCGGCAGUACAUGUCGACUUCACACGGCACCGACAUCCUUCAAGACUGUGAUGUAGAGCAAUUUUACAGAUACACUUCGGGUCGAUGGCUGUGGAAUGAAAAGUAUCAGCUUGCUCGCCGCUAUGUCGAGUUCGACUUGCAGGGACUCCAAGUCUCGGCGCAAGCGAUCGGAGCUCGCUCCUGCGUCAAGGUCGAGAUGAAACUUCAGCAAAGUCUUCUUGAUUACUAUGGACGACGGCCGAGAUGUAAUCGCCAAACUCCCGAACCCGAAUGCUGGACGAGCGCACUUUACGACAGACAGCGAAGCUGCUACAAUGGAUUAUGUUCGAAAUGUCCUUGGUAUCCCGGCUCCUCGGGUAUAUGGCUGGAGUUCCUCGACGGACAAUCCCGUUAGAGCCGAGUACAUCCUGAUGGAAGGCAGUGGAGGGGUGGAAUUGGGCAGGUUAUGGAAUGACAUGUCUUGGAAGGAAAGACUGGAGAUUGUCAGGACCUUGGCUGGGUACGAAAAAGCCUUUGUUUCUGCGAAGAUUCCCAUGAACGGGAGCUUGUAUUACGCAAAGGACCUACCUAGCCCCAGCCCAAGCCAGUUUCUUGAUCCCGCCAACUCGAUAGACAAGGCAGAAGCCUUCGUGGUCGGUCCUACAACGAACAGAGCAUUUUUCGACCAAGGAAGAGACUCUGUCGAAUUCAAUAGUGGGCCUUGGCCUUCAGAAAAGGAAUAUAUUCUUUCCCGCGCCGCUCGAGAGCUAGCGUGCAUCAACAAGUCCUCGUCUUUCCCUGGACAGCACGGGCUGUUCGGCGGUCCCAACCAAUACCGUCCAAGCAAAGCAUUGAAGAUCAGAGUACUCCAGGAUUACCUAAAAGUCGCCACCCAGAUUCUACCCGACGAUGCCAACCUGUCAAAGCCGACUUUAUGGCACUCCGAUCUGCAUAUCGACAACAUAUUCGUUGACCCUUCCCAGCCGACAAGAAUCGUCAACAUCAUCGACUGGCAAGCCGUCAAUAUCUCCCCGCUCUUCCUCCAAGCAUGCCAUCCGUCGCUCAUCGAGUUUGAAGGGCCAAUACCCGAAGGCUCUGAUCCCACCGAGCUACCCGAUAAUUUUGAUGAUAUGAGCGAGGAGGAACAACUCCAAGCCAAGAAUCUCCGCGCUGCUCAGUCUCUCUAUAAGCUCUACGAAAUUAUCAUGCUCCGGCAAUGUCCGGAGAUUGCUGAUGCGCUGCAAUUCCGAGCUAGCCUGCGUGGUCAAAUCACGGGAUUAGCAGGCUCAAUUUUCUGCGAUGGAGAGCCGAUCGUCCUGGGAAUGCUCAUUCGGCUCCAGGCCGAGACGCAGCAGCAACGUCUCGAGGCGAGUUGGAGCGCAGGAGUCGAGCUGAUGCAUGAGAUUCUGACCGAGAUCGGCGCAUACCAAGGAUGGGAUGGCUGGGUCAAUCAUAGUAACUACCCGGUGUAUAAGGAGCGGUUGGCUAGAUGUCGGGAGGACUUUCUCAAUCGCUUCGCGCGAACUGAAGAGGAGAGGAGUCAGUGGAUUCAAGCCUGGCCGUUUGAAGACAAGACACAUCCAUCAACGUGUUCAUAA